CACCUUGACUAGGACCGAUACGUAAUCUAGAGGCAGGCCAUAGCGAAGCACUGCCUCAACAAAGACCCUUAAUGUCAUAACAUGUAUCCAGAUCAUGACACUUUCACUCCAUCCCGUACGUCCCAUACGCAGAGCCUCGCCACAAACCUUGCGCUCUUCAUUGGUGACUCGAUCGAGCUCCCUUUGCUCUUCUUGUCGACCACCCUCAACGUACUUGUACUGACGGGGCGUCCACUUCUGUUCUCGGCACUUGGCGAGGAAUUCGGCGCUAUGCUUCUUAAAUGUCGCCACAGCAAAGAGAACAAACUCGUCAUCCUUGGCCACCUCGACAGCCGAGCGUGGCACAACCAUGGGUGAUAUUGUCUCAUACUCCUUAAUGAAAUCCUUCUUUGCAUUGCCAGGAACAACAAUGAGGUGUGUCUCGAUGUACUCAGAAUCCUGCACAAGAAGUUUCGGGUCGACAAUGGGGGUCAAGGACUUGGUAGAGAGGUUGCCGCUGAUUGAGACUGUCAAUGAUCUGAGGAUUGUAUUUUGGAUCAGCGGAAAAUACUCACGUCUGGCGGCGCUGCAGAGCCGCAAGGUUUGUCUUGACAGAGUUAUACUGAUUAAACUUUGUCUUAACGUCGGUAUCAACGUUAGCUAAUUCCUGAGGGCAUGUUAGUUGGAGCCUAGGACUGAGGUUGGUGGAUUAACGCGCCUUUUGCAAAGUGCUGAUAAGUUCUGCAAGAGACUUGUCGGCUCGAUAUCGGAUUUUGUUCCAGCUGAAAGUGCUCACGUAUUGAUCAGUGGGUUCUGAUGUGAGUGAUUAGCGACUAUCCGGUCUCAAAACAAGUGUACGCGACUGACUAUCGUUGACCAUCUUAUACUGGGCGAUACGAUCUUCGUCACCCUCGAGCACAUUCUUCAGAGAAUCGGCGACCUUGGACACAACAGCCUGGCAUGACGCCUCGAGCUUGGUAAGCUCAUCUGCCUGUUGCACCAGGGCAUCCAGAGUGCCGAUCUUGAAGUCGGGGAUGUUGAAAGGCAGAACGGACCCAUUGUCGGACGAGAUGGUCCCGCGCAAUGAUGAUAUGGCAUCAUCGCGAUCGCUCGAGUCAAAGACGCCCUGGGGCAAAGAUAGGAAUGCGUAUUUCGUCGACAUUAUGGAAGGCUCAAGCUACAAGAUAUUCGAUGGAUGAAUUAUGUCGAGAAUAUCUGCAAGAUAGACUGUCGGUUUGAUGAGUGUGACACCAGCGAAGAACGCGGGCAGCUCCACACGGUGAAAGCUAUGGCUUUACUCGCGAGUCAAGCUCACGGGUUCAUCGAUCGAUAAAUGGCUCUCGGUUGAAGUCUUGCUGUUGAAACGGAUAGAACGAGGGCGAGGGCGAGAGCGAGGGCGAGGUUGGGUCGUAUCGCGUUACGUUGCGUUUAUAGGGCGAGAGUGUUGCUGGAGUUGCUAGUACUACACUACUUAACACAAGGCAGUGGGAGCUGCCAUGAAUAUCUUACUACCUUACUCCGUACCUUACGGAGUAGCAGUUGCCAUUUAGGAUCAGGAGUCAGUUGUGGAUCUGUGGCUAGUGAGGUUAGGUAUGACGACUGUUUGUGGCUGCCCACCUCGAUAGUCUCAUACCCCGAUCGAAAAUACCUAGGUCCCUCGCAUACCUACAUACAUACUAGAGUAGGUAACCACUUCACUUGGUACGUAAUGUUAUUCACGAUCAUCAGUCAAUGUAUCGCAUCACUUAUGUAUAAGACCCGAAGGUCAUUGUCAACGGCACCCAGCGUAUAUCGCACUAAAGAGUACCUAGGUCUAGUUCAAGACAAGAAGACAACGUGUUCGCGAAUUAUUGAGUGUAACUGCCGCCGCAUCUGAUGUUCAUGGGGUCCCCACUACUGGACGACCUUUGAUCACGGGGGCUGUAGACUGCCUACCAGUACAAGCACAGCGCAGACCAAGCCAAGUGAUUCCAGUCACUAACACGGAAUUCGAGCUGCAACAGCACCACAAACCUCGAUGUAAGAACCAUCGACUUGCGCAUCAUCGAAGUCGCGUGAGCCCUGCACAGAUGACUGUUGCCCGAAAAGUUCACUGUAAAAUCGCUACUGAGGUCAAUAGCGUAUUAUGACCCAGCCUCAUCCAGACGUCAUGGUCUCAGAAGGAUCGCCUCGACAUGCCAUUGUGCCCGAUUCGACCAUCCUCACUCCCGACACUACUCAUGCCCUAGGUCCUAGCCCGUGUGCCUCGUCCAGUACAGCGUCGACACCUGGACAAAGAGCCACCAGAUCAGAUUGGCAAGUAGGCAAUGCCUUGUUUGAUCUCCAGAUGAAGCCAUUCCAUGCUCCAGAUCAUGGGAUAACUGUUUCAUCUAGCCCUGGUCCCCCGCAGGAGGACAAAGUGCCGGCUGCUAGUCUCAACCCAUAUCGCGAUGGUCGUAUCAGGACCGCGGUGCCAAGCAAGCUUAAGGGCAGGACGAACAUGAAGCAAGGUAACUUCAGUGUUAUGCAUAUGCACAUCCAGAAGCCGCAAAUAACGGAGCGCGACCUUGCGGCCAAGCUUACAAGUGAACGAACUGCUGCUGCUGCCAAACUUGCGAGUGCUCAAGGGUAUCGCUAUCCAAGGAGACCGCGGCCACCACACACAGCGGCUCCUCGGAAUCUUCCACAAUCUCUCUCAAAUCCCCCUUCAGUAACUGCAGACAUUCACGGGCCACUUUCUCAGCCUCCACCCCGCGGAACUGUUGUGCCAUAUGAAGAGCGGCGAGCAGAGACGGGAUCUGCACAAGCCAGCGCAAGGCUCGAAGAGAAUCCAUUGACGGAACCAGAUAGCAUGGAAAAUGUUGAAAGAGAAAUUCUAGCAGAAUCAACUAAAGGAGACGUCACACCCGGGGUCGACCAUGAACAAGAGGACGCUCCAUUGUUAGAUUCGAACUCGGCACAGGACGUCAGCAUGAACCAGUCGAACGAAAUUGCCGCUCCAGUAGAUCCCACACAGGAGGCUAACAGAGAACAGCCUGCCAUUACGAAGCUCUUGACAACAAUUCUUUCACCGGAAGAGGUCAGAGCAGAGAGAUAUCGACUUCUUGAACUCUUGCGAAAGUUGCACCCAAGUACAGUCGUAGAAACGCUUUGCAGUGCCCUUACUCAGUUCGGUGGGGCCACUCGGCAGCCCCCAUCUCCUCAUGGGGAGUCCUCUAAGAGCGGCUCGAAGAAAAGCUCGGGCGAUCUCUUUAUUUCGUGGAUUUCGGAAAUCUUCCCUCCAAACUUUGCUGAAAACAGCACUACCAAAAGGCCAUCGAAACCCUCAACAGGGAGACCACGAGGUAGGCCCAAGGGGAGUACGAAAAGGAUAGUAAACGCAGACCUACGUCCUAAACGUACUGCCUUCGUUCCCCUGGCUAUGAGGCCCAGUGAAACGGAUCAUACGCCGCGUUCGAAACUUGUCAAAUGCUCGAAUGCACCACCAGAGUCUGUUACAAAUAAUACACGCUUAUAUACGCCUCUACCGUGUGCUUCUAACAACCAAAUCUCGAGUAAGCUACUUCCCCGUGUUACGAAGGGCCGUAUUUCUAUAGCAGCCGCUCCCUCAAUCACCCCUAGAUUGAUAAAUGUUUCAGGGGAAGACCGAAGAACCACCUCGGGUCCAUCGAUGACACCCGCUGAAUCAACUGGCGGCUCUACACUGAUCAUGCCAAAUUCUUCGGUUACAACAUCAACACGCACGAAGAGUACGGGCAGGCCUCGUGGUCGGCCUAAAGGGUCAAGGAACAAGCCCAGGCUACUGCCUGCCAAGCCUGCUUCUUCCUCAUUCAACCCAACGAACUCUCAUCUUAGGGAGUCAAGGCCUCAAUCUCAUAAGCCAACCACGAGGGAAAGCAUGUAUAACUCCCUAAUAUCCACGCCUGAUUCAAGCUAUGUGAACGAGACAGGCCGUGCUCUUCGAACCACAUUUUCUCUCCCAGAGUUGCCCUAUCCUACUGGAGAAGCGGCCAGCAUAAUGCAAGGUGACGCAACUGGCUCGCCUGGCUGCACGCAAGAGAACAAAACGCCAACAGCCGCUGGCAGUUCUGUUAUCAUACAGGGAUCCCAGGGGCCACCCAGCCACCCUCAGGACGCUGACCUAGUUUCUUCAAAAAAGAGAAAGAAUUCACAAGAAGGUCCUUGCACCAAGACUCGAGUGAUCGAUAUUCCCCAAACAUCCCCCAGGACCGCGGGCCUGAUCACCAAUCCACCUCACGAGACACAAGCCAAGCGUCUUCGUGUGUCUCAGGAGACAGAUCCAAGAAACCUUGGCACUAGCAGAAGAUGUUCGCAAUCAGCCGAUGCAGAGGCUUUAGCUUUUCGUUCAAGUGCCACUACCAGACACGCACCGUCCAUAUCGGACACAUUCGCCUCCGGGGUACAGGCAAUUGUGAUUGGGGAUAGUUUGAGCCAGCAAGUGCCACAAAGUCCAUCUCAUCUGUACCAGCAGGAUCGAGGACUCAAGCAAUUUGAUGAGUCUUACCAGACCCAAGCAGAUCAAGGCGCCCAAGUUCAACGCAAGCACCAGCCUCGGCAUCAUUCAUCACAAGAUUUGAGAUCCGAACAGUCGAUCCAUCCAACGAGUCUAUCCUCUCCAGUGAAUACUCAGCCACAUAGCCGUGGCCUCGUGGCUCCGGAGGAUGUUCUCCAAAAAGUAACCGUGGUGGAUUUGUACCAACGACAGCAACGACACUUGUCGAAUAAAUCAGGACAUUCUGCUGCAUGCCCUUUUCCCCUGACAGCGGGUUCAAGCUCCCAUCAGCAAGCCCAAAGGCUUGACAGUCGACCCCUAGUUCCUCGACACAGGCAAUAGGGCCUCCUUCGUUCAACCGGGACAACACCCUUGGCAAAUACGGGCCAUUUUGAGUCGCAUCACCGCUUAGAAGAGCCAGCACAAAUCACAAGUAUGGACGGAACCCCCUCCAAGCCUCCUGAAACUGCAUUGGCGCCUGUAGCAAACAUGUCUUGAGUUCCCAGCUUUCAGAGGUUGAACCUCCGAACGCACCAUCACAGCGACUCUGGCGCAGCGAAGCAACCCAGAAGCGAUCCAUGCUUUGGCAAUACACUAGCCGAAAUUCAUAUACGUAGCCAAGUAUUUGCACUAUGAAGAGAGUGUGAGAAUAUGAAAAGGCAUCAAGGAGCAGAAUUAGGUGGCCCAAGCCGACUGAUUCCAUGUGAUUUGACCUCUUCUACUCUUGAGCGGCAGGACGGCUCAAGUAUACACGUCCUACAUAUCAUGACACGGACACCGGAAUGUUUGCGCAAGAGGACGAGCGUAAGGUGAGUAUUACUUGUGUGGAUACUAAGCAAAGAAAAUUGUGUAUUCAAGUACUGGAGGCAUCAUCAGAGGAAAGGCUGGAUUUCCGCGGAGUUUGGCUAAGUCAUUAUGUUUGUGUUCGCGGAUUUUACAUCGCUUAUAAGCAAGAUCACACGGGAAGACAAACCCGCGCUACACAGGCUGGUGGUUGAUCUGAUGCUCAGAUCGUCGUAUUCUUUCUCUUUUUAGCAUGUUUGAAAUAAACUCCCCGCCUCCUAUCAAAGUAGAGGCUUCUUGGAUAAUAAAUAUACUGUGAUUUGAGUGAAUAAAAAGCCA